AUGAGCAAUUACGACCAAAAAAAGGACGAAACAUUCGAAAAGGAGGCCUGGAACGCUGCACGAGCGGUGUUCUCUGGAAACCAUGAUCCGGUCAACUUCCAGCCUUUUCUCAAAGACUAUACGACACCCGAAUCAGCUAGGAGUUCGGUUGUACAGGCGCAGAAAGAAGCCAAUUCCGAGUAUAAUGGCAAGCUUGGUGCUAUCCUUGAUAAGGUCGACCAGUUUAUGAAAGUGGGAGAUCUUGCCAUCAAGUCGGCUCCUGAAAGUAUUGGCCUUGCCUGGACUGGUAUCAGACUCUGCCUUCACUCUGUACAAGAUGACUUUGCCACCUUUAGCCUCUUCUCGGGGGCAUGCUCAGAUAUCUUGGGCAUACUCAUUUCUUGCAGGGUGUAUGGCGGCUUGUAUGCAAGUCAGGACCACCCUCCAGAGUUUACCGAUCUUCAUGAGAAGGUUUUGAGCUACAUCAAAGAAACCUACGUCAACAUCAUCGAGUUCUCAUAUCAGAUGUGGAAAUAUGCCCGAUCCAAUGCGGGUGUUCGUGUCAUCAAAGGCUUGUUCCGCAGCGCCCAGGGAAAGUUCCAGCCAAAGAUCAAAGCCAUCAAAGACAACGAAGCCCAGAUGAACAAAUAUGCCUCCCAAGCAAACCAGCAAGUCUCGCAGUAUUACCAGAAGAAAGGCCUGGACAAUGACCAAAAGAUGAUGAAGGGCCUGUCGGAUCAAAUGGAAAUGCUGCAAGCGUGGCAUGAGGAGGCCGCCAAACAGAACCAGUUAUUGGAGGAAUUGAUGAAGAGGGACGAGCUUCAGAGGAAGGACCAACGUCUGACUGCGGCAGAGAUCACGCACGAGAAUUGGGAAAGGCAAAAGAAGGAACUACCAUCCCUCGACGACAAUCAGCAAGCGCUGGAGUCUAAAAUGACGGAUCGCAAGCCCGGAACUUGUGGCUGGAUUUUGGAAAACUCCAAAUUUCAAGACUUUGUGAAGGCCGAAGGCGGUAACGUUACAUGGCUGGUCGGCACAGGCGGAACUGGAAAGUCCUUUCUCAUGUCUGCGGUCAUCGAAGACCUCAAAAACAAAGCCCAUAGACACGACUCUCUCGUGCACUACUUUUUCAUAUCCAAGGCUUCUCAAGCCACGACGCAGGCCGAUGAGAUCGAGCGUCACCUUCUUGCGCAGCUCUAUCAAGAUGCAGCGCAAUCAUUAGACACCUUGGACAAGUGCAACAAGAUUAUGUCAGAAUAUAUCGAACACCACAACAAAAAGAACAAUACGAAAACUACAAGCAAGAAAUCAGGAGACGGUUCGGCCGGGUUUGAACAGACCUAUACCGCUCUCGCCAAAGUCAUCAACAAGCGAACCUAUCUUAUGAUAGACGCUUUGGAUGAGUGCGCCGACAGAGAGACGCAGGAAUUCAUCCAGACGAUCAAGAAAUUAGCUAGCACACAGGGUUUGAAGUUAAAUGUCUUUUGUAGCAGCAGAGAUGAACCUGACAUCAGCGCCAUUUUGGAAAAUUGUCCGAGAAUCAACGUGGAGGAGAACAACUCAAAAGAUAUCGCCGAACAUGUCCAAGCUGAGAUGGCGAGAUUGCCAGGAUUUACUCCAGCGGAGCGAGAGGAAGCUUGUCGAGAAAUUACCCAAAAGGCCGGAUGCUACUUUCGAUACGUCGAGCUGGCCAUGGAUUUCAUGCGUCGGCCGUGGCGGAGGCCUCUGUCAUCACAUCUCGAGUCCUUGCCUUCAGGUGUUGAAAACAUCUAUGCUCAGCGGCUAAAUCAGACCAACCCUGCAUACUACGAUUUGCUCACCCACUGCCUUACCUGGACCAUUCUUGCUGGAGAGGAAUUGGGUGUUCAAGAACUUAUUGAUGGAUACAAGGGCAAUUUUACGGACGAGGAAUCCACGCCUGUGGUAGGCGAAGACCAAGAGAAUGUGAAUCUGGAACUGUACGAGGACCAAAUCAGACAAGCUGGAAGUGGUUUCCUUCGGGUAAAUCCUGACCAUACGGUGAGUCUAGUCCACAACACCGUGAGAGACUUUUUCUUGCAGUCAGGCAGCGUUGCCAAUGGUAGUGCUAAAUCAGCGUCUGAACCCGAAUGUCAGUGUGCCAGAUGCCAAAGGGAGUUGAAAAGCAGCAAGAAAUUUGUCGUUUCAGAAAGAGAAGGUCACAUGCAAAUAAUUACCACAAUCCUCCAUCAUCUGCUAUCUCCGUUGUUUCAGCGCAAGUACUAUGCUAAGCCUCCGGAUAAAUCGGAUGACAAGGAAAAUGAUGAAAAAGAAGUGAACGGUGGGGACACAACUGAUGUCGUCAAAAGUGAGAAUGUUGCAGCACCAGCAGAGGCCACACCGGCCGAAGCAACGCCAGUGGCACCACCAGGGGCACCACCAGCAGAAGCCCAGGACGAGGAUAUUCAGAAUAAUGGUGUCCAGGCACAAGAUCAAAGCCCUGAUGAUCCAGCGGAUAAGCUCGGUAGUGCGCAGCAAAUAUCCGAACACCAAAACGAGGAAGCAGGAACGAACUCACCGCCAGAGAUCAAUGGCGAACCGUCGGAGCAUGUUGCCUCCGAUGACCUAGAUUCAAAGUCUGACAUGCCCAAUGGUGGCUCAAACCAAGCGCAAGAAAACAAUAACCCACCGAAUGGAGAAGAAACCCGGGACACCAAUAAAGAUGGUGCGGCGGAUGAAGAAACAGAUGACCACUCUGUGGUAGACAGCGACGAGAACGUGGAUUUGACAGACCAGGAUCGAGCGAGGCUUUGGGAUCUACAGUCAGCUUCGGAUCUCUUCCAGGCACGGUACGAAAUUACAAGACUGACGUGGCAUUUGACACAACUAGAAGAUGUUUAUCCCGCCAACGAAAGGUCUGGCGAGCAGUGGAACAAAUUACGCGAGCUCCUCGAAAGAUUUCUUGAUCCAGAAUCCGAGGCGUGGAGAGGUUGGAUAAGGACAAUGUGUGCCGCAGGCCGCGCUAUUGACACGAUGGAAAUGUACAUUGACAUCGAAGAACUACCUCCUCUGGUGUUCGCUGCGUGUUGUGGCUUGACGAGCCUGGCGCAUAUACUCUUGGCCCGACCUAAUGCCUCCGAUUUUGUCAACCUAAAGAUGCCGGAGGGGAUGAGUGUGUUGUCUUUUGUGGUAACUUAUCAAAUGACCACCGAAAAGAACCAGGAUUCUUUCUUACUGGCUAUGUUGGAAGCUGGAGCGGAUCCGAAUGCCAACAACCAUUGGGAUGACCAAUACAUCGGAAGUUCAUUUCACUUUCUCCUCUUGUGUCAAACAGUUAGCAGGGCGCAGCUCGAGAUGUUCCUCGCACACGGUGCUGAUAUCAAUAACCUUGACGAUAGCGGCGGCAAUGCCCUGCACUUCUUCGCUGCAGGAGCUGCCGACCUUGAGAUCGGCAUUGCGCUGGUUGAGGCUGGAGCGGAUAUGCACAUCCGAAAUAGCAGAGGGGAGUCCAUCAUGCAUAUGUUGGCUCGUCGGGACAACUGCCGCGUUGACAUGAUGCAAUAUUUCAUCGACAAAGGUGCUGAGGUUGACGCAGAGGAUGAUGCGUCGGAAAGACCACUGCUCGAGGCCUCUCUGGCCGGAAAUUGCGAGGCAGUCAGAUUGCUGCUCGAUCACGGAGCGGACAUCGAGGAUGUGAAUGAGAACGACCAAACAGCACUCUUUGUCGCCGCAUUGGCUGGCAAUACGGAAGUUGUGAAGGUCCUUCUUGAGCGAGGGGCAGAUCCGCUGAAACGAAAUUCCAUGGGAGCCACUCCAUUCGGAAUGGCUUGCAGGCAUGGCGACGCCGAGUCCGCUCUCCUUCUAGGGAGAGCCAUGGUCGAGAAAGGGGAAAUCGAGCAUCUCAACUGGCAGAACUCAUCGGGGAAAACACCAAUUAUGAGAGCGGCAUCUCGGGGAAUCUCGAAAGUGAUUGACUUUCUCCUUGAUCAUGUGGACACAGAGGCUGCUCUCAAAACCAUGUCCAAGAAGGGGUGGACGGCUUUGCAUUAUGCGGCACUGAGAGCCCGUCCCGAAGCGACGAUAACGCUGCUGAACCGCGGGGCAGACAGUCGAUGCAAGGACCCGCAGGGCAAGACACCACUUCAACUGUGUUAUGCGAAGAUCUGGACAAAGCCAGAUGAGGACCGGGAGAAAACGAUAUCAGCCCUGAUUGACCACGAUCGGCAAGCGGCAAUUGCGGAGAUCGAGCUGCUUCAUACGCUGGCCAUCAACGAUUCUCCCGACCUCGUGGCAAAACUACUGGAAUUUGGCGCCAAUCCCUAUGCCACGGACGAACAUGGCUGGAACGUCCUCCAGCUAGCAGAGCAGUACGACAGACCGGAUGUUGUCGAAGUUAUCAAGGCUUCCAAGCUCAAAGCCGGUAGCCGACCUUCCAGGUUGGUAGGGAGCUUCUCAGACGUGCUAAUUUGUUCUCCUUCUGGCUUGGAGAUUGAGCUGCGUGAACGCGGUAAGCCCGUGGCUGAACCGCUGGAAGGGUUUCUGUGUUACGCAACCGAUCAGUCGUUGAUUACCGAACACCCCAUUCCGGCAUCGGCCGAGCGGUAUUACUUCGAGAUGGCCAUCGCGGACCAAGAGAACAAGCCUGAGGAUCCCAUGUUUGUGAUUGGGAUCACUCAAAAGCCCACGGGAUCCACCAAGCUGUGGUUCCCGGGCUGGUCGAAACCUGGCACAUCGAGCUGGGGCUAUCACAGUGACGACGGGAAGAUAUGGUGUGUCGCAGAUCCUCCCAAGAUCAAAGACCUGGGGUCGGCGAGGAAGUACGGAUACGGUGACACGGCAGGGUGCGGGAUCGACGUGAAGAAACGGACCGUGUUUUGGACUUUGAAUGGGAAGAGGUUGAUGGAGGCUGGGUUUCAGAACGUUCGUGGCCAGAUCUAUCCCGUCAUUGCCGUCAGCCACAUCGGCAAGGUUAAGGUCAACCUGGGCCUCAACUUGAAGGACGAGCCUUUCCUUUGGCUACCGGGUAUCACGUGCGAUUUUGAGAGCGACGUUCCUCCCCCGAGUUUGAGAAGGCUGAAAUCUGAGCACUGA